AUGAGCGAGAAUGAUCAGGCUUCCUCGUCAUCAUCGAAACUGGCACCGGGGUCCAGUCCACAGGUCGCCUCGCCACCAGCAGCGCAGCUCCCAGAUCCUUCACUUCCGGCACCCAACUUGGGCGAAGACGAUCAGGGAUUCACAGCGGUCGACUUGAUCGCUCAGCAGGCUAAACUCGAGGCGCAGGCGAAUGAAGCGAUCCCAUUCCAAUUCGACACUUGUACGCACGACAAGGGCUACAUUCGACAGCCUGUCUAUGCCUGCAAGACUUGCGGCGGUGGAGGUGUCUGCGCCGGUUGCAGUGUCUCAUGUCACGCCGAGCACGAGCUGGUUGAGCUUUUCAACAAACGCAAGUUCCGAUGCGAUUGCGGCACUCCAAACUUGUAUCGACAGCGCGAGCCAAACAGUGCCAGCCGUUGCACUCGUCUCACAGAAGAGCUCAUAUACCCGAAAGACGCCAAGCCAUGUACCUUGCGACAGCCAGGCUUCGACCCUCAGAACGAUGCCAACGCCUACAACCACAACUUUGAAGGUGGGUUCUGCUACUGCCAACGGGGCAAGAGGUACGAUCCUGAGAAGGAGGACGAGACCAUGUUCCAGUGUAUCGUCUGCGAAGAGUGGCUUCACGAGGGCUGCACUUCGUUGCGACCGGUUUCUGGUAAUGCUUUCAACCAAUCAGCAGCGGCAUCUGCACCAACAGACCCAAUCAUCACCGAGGAAGUCAAGCCUGGAAGCACAGCAGCUGAGACUGAAGUGCCGCUAAUUGACCACGACCUGUUCGACCUUAUGAUCUGCGAUGCCUGUGUUCGCAAGCCUGGCAAUGAGAUUCUGCGGCGAUAUGCAGGUGCGCGGAGCUGGAUGGUCUUGGCUGCCACUCAAGAUGUAGCGGAGGUCAAGGAACAUGACGGUUUGGCAAAGAUCCAGGUGCCAACGGAGGAGGAGCUAGGCGAAGGAGGCGGUCCGUAUUGCAACGGCCGGAGCUGGCAGAUCUUCGGGCUGGCAAUGGAGCAGGAGAGAGGCAUUAGAGAGACAGAGAUGAGUGCUGCUACUGAUGGAGCUUUCUUAUCUUCUGUCGCCGAGUUGGCUCGAUCGACGAUGGCUACUGCUGCAGCAGGCACCGAUACCAGUCCCAAGGUCGAAGAAGGAAAUCAAGCCGAAGCCAAAUCCUUGACAGCUGAAGCCGCCAGCGAAGAAAGGAGAGAGGGCAAACGACGUGCUGACGAGAUCGAGGUUGAUGGAGGUGCCGAAGCAGGUGGAAGCAAGCGGACCAAGAUGGAGGAUGCGGAGAAGCCAAACGCAGCUGCUCAGGUGAAGGCUGAGCCUAAGGAACAAGCCUGCACGCUACCAGAGGUUCUUGCCAUCAUUGCCAGUCUGCCCGAAUCAAAAGUUGACGAAUGGACACCGGCUCUGAGUGAAGAAGGAGAGUUGCAACCGACACAACAGCGGCACGACAUCUUCCUUGGUGAAGACUUCCGCGAUAGGAUCUGCCGAUGCGCCGACUGUCUCACCAGAUGGUCUCAUUUGCCGCACGUUUUGGAGGCCGAAGAGACGUAUGCACCACCAUCCGACCCUCAAGCUUCGGUGCGAGAGGAUGAUGCUGCAUCGAUCACAUCUUCGACGUACGACUUGGGCAUGGCAGCGCUUCGAUCGAUGCCGAGAGAAAAGAUGAUCAACUCGUUGCAUGCGUAUAGCAAGUUCCGAGACGCUUUGUGGGAGCAUCUCAAGCCGUUUGCAGGGACAGGAAAGAUGGUACGCGAGGAGGACGUACGUGCAUUCUUCCAGAAGAAGCUCAACCCGGAUCAGUAA